CGUAAGGCCCCUUGAUGAAACAGCAUUCACAACGACCACUGGUGCUUAUCCACACGUAGAGACCCUACAUUACAGAACCUUGGAGUCACCCUGAUUGAUCCUUCUUCGCGACAUCUUCAGCAAUCAGAGGCUUUAUUCAAGAGAGGAUAAGGUACCCUUGGGUAUUUUAUUCUGUGUUAGGCAGUGUACAAAAUACACGUCAACAGGUCCUAAAUUUGAUGAGACAACACACGCAAGGGAAAGAUUUGGUGAGAGCUGGUGUCACAAGGUUUGCAACGAUUUUCUUGACGUUGCAAAGCAUUCUUGCUGCAUUGACUUCUUUGAAACAAAUGUUUGUGAGUAGAGAAUGGCUUAACUCACCUUAUUCAAAGAAGCUUGAAGGAGAGGCUGUCGCAUGCAUAGUCUUCGACAACCAAUUUGCACAAAGGGCUGCAGAGAUUGUGAAGGUUGUUACUUCAAAACUUUAAUUUUUAAAUUUUAGUUAUUCUUGAUUCAAGUCUCUCAUUACUAAUUUGUAACUUCAUUAUUUAAAUUUUGAUCUUUUUGUAAUUUGUAUUUUUCAAUUGUAGGUGUUAGAGCCCUUGGUUCGAGUUUUUCGCUUGGUGGAUGGGGAUAAAACCCCAAUGGGAUAUCUUUAUGAGGCCAUGGAUAGGGCCAAGGAGUCUAUCAAAAAUUACUACAAGGGGGAUAGGCUCAAAUUUGAUCCCAUUUGGGAAAUUGUUGAUAGGAGGUGGAACAAUCAGCUCCACCAACCCAUUCAUGCAGCGGGGUACUUCCUCAACCCUCGUUUUAGGUUCGGGGGUUCUUACUCAGAUUCGAAUGGAGAAGUCAUGGAGGGCCUCAGUACAUGCAUUGAGAUGAUGGUACUUGAUGUUGAGGAGAGAGACCUCAUUGUGAGUGAGCUCCAAAAUUAUGAGGGAGGAAGGGGUAAGCUAUUCUCUUCAGAGCUGGCUAGGAGAGGAAGAACCACUCAAACCCUAGAUGCUUGGUGGCAAAAUUGGGGUGGAAACACCCCACAUCUCAAAAAAUUUGCCCUCAGAGUCUUAUGUCAGCCUUGCAGUUCAUCCAAUUGUGAGCGCAAUUGGAGCUUGUUUGAAGCAAUCCACAUGAAGAAGAGGAGCAAGUUAGCGCGGAAAUGGCUCAAUGACCUUGUCUACGUGCAAUAUAAUCUUCGAUUGCGUGUAAAGAAGGUAGAGGAACUAGAAGGUGGUCCAAUUGACUUAGAUGAUAUAGAUCCUUACAGUGAUUGGACAUCACAGGAGCAGCCUCCAUUGUUUUCCGACACUGACAUCACUGAUUUGGAGAGGCAGGCUAUGGAGGAGGGGGGUGGAUUUGGUUUCAGGCUGGAUGACAUUGAGGAGGAUGAGGAUGAGGAUGAGGAUGAGGAUUCAUUGCCAGUGCCAGAGGUAGGUGGAGACAUAGCUUCAUCCAAGAUGCAGGAUGAGUCUCAAUCAACCAUACUAAGCGAGGAGGCACAGUCACACCCAGUCCCACAGCAGACUUAUACGACUAGACAGUCUAGACCCUCUAGUUCUACCUCUCCCCAUGUUUUUGCUAGAGCUGGGAAGAGGAAGUUGUAAUUGUAAUUUGUAAUGAUGUAUUUACUUUUGUUUUUACAAAAACUAUUUAGUAAUUUACUAUUUUGCUUCAGGCUUCCAGCCAUCAGCAUUCCUCAUGAGGAUGCGAUUUUGUAGACACUUUGCAUUUAAAUAUAUCUAGAAUCAGCUUGUUUCUUUUGUGUCAUCAUUUAUUGACUCAUUGGAUGCAUCUUCUCAUUAAAAAUUGCAAAAAAAAUGUAUUUUUUACUAAGUUUAAGCGUGUUUUUAAGUUGCCGAGUUUUUCACCGAGUUUUUUUCCCAAGGGCUUGGCGAGUCGAUCCGAGUCGCGAGUAGUUCAACUAUGGGCUAGUGGUCCACCAUGCUGAAGUGCUUAGGAAGGGGACAUUACAUUUAAGUUUAUCAAAAACUUCUUCUAUUGAUUCAAACCAUGCAAAGGUCCUUUCUUGGUCAUAUAUACUAAAAGAGUUGAUAGCUUUGAAAACCUUUUAAAAUUUUCUUGUAAUAAUAUACAAAGGUUGAGGAAUCUUGUCAGCUAUGUUAAUGUGGUUGGAGGAGGCCAAUCCAAGAUGGCUUGGAUCUUUUGUUGAUCCACUUAACUCCUUGGGCACUAAUCCAAAUAUAAAAUUUUUGUUAUCCUGAACUCACAUUUAUAUUUCUUUGCAAAAAGAGUUUGUUGCUCCAAUAUACCCAAAACUAUAUCCAAAUGCUUCAAGUGAUCCUCCCAAGUCUUGUUGUAAAUCAAUAUAUUAUCAAAGAAGGUCAAAACAAUUUUUCUCAAUUCUUUGUUGAAUACCUAGCUCAUACAUGAUCAAAAGGUAGCUAAAGCAUUUGUCAAACCAAAAGGCAUGAUCAAGAACUCAAAGUUAUUAGAAUAUUGUAAUGUUUCUUUAAUGGUCAUUUUAGUCAUCUUAGUCAUCUUUAGUUUGUUUCUAUUUCAGCUUCAGUUUACGAUUGUUUCUUUUAGAAACAUUGUCUUUUGUAAAUUCUUUAUAUAGAUCUCUUGCUCUAUUGUUUAAGAACAUUGAAGAACAUCAAAAAUUUUAACAAAAGUGUCCCAAAUGGAAUUUGAAUGUUGUUUUGUGCACAUCCUCAUCCUCAACACAAUUUUGAUGGCAAUUUAAUCUUAAAUCAAUCUUUGAGAAAAACAUGGCUCCAUGCAACUCAUCAUUGAUUAUGGGAAUUGGUUACUCAUUUUUAGGCUUGUUUUUCAAAACUAUGUUGCAACUACACAUUUGCAUGUAUCAUCCUUUUCUAAACAUGAACCACUGAUGAAACGAAGGGCCUAGAUCUAGGCCUAAUGUGACCCAUCUCCAAAGGUUCUUUUAUGGCUUUUUAAUCUCCUCCUUGACCUCCUUGAAUGGUGGUAAGGGGUAGUCAUCACAAGCUUAGAAUUCGGUUCCAACUCUAUGAAUGUCGAACUCCUCAAUUAGGUGGUAGUCUUGGAGGUAAAUCAUUAAAUACCACACUAAUCUUGUCCAAAAUAGAUUGAACAUCAACAUGACAAGAUUUCUCAUUUGUGGAUGACACCGUGGAUGAAAAUCCUUAUAGAUAUUUGUAUUGGCCCCAAUUCCAUUGAGGGAGAGGAAUUUGUGCAAUUUCCACUUCUAGUUGGUUUUCACCACACUGAUGUUUCUAGGUUGAUAUUCCUUUGUGUCAUGGUUUGUUUUAAUUCUUCUGGUUAGUAAUGGUUUGCAAGUAAAAUUACUUAUUUAAUGCACAUUUUACUACUAUAACUCUAAAAGCACUUCUAUCUGAAGCUAGUUCAAGUAUCGGUAGCAUGGAUAACUAAGAUCUACAUUAUUUUCUCACAAUUUGAAUUUUAUAGGAAAUUCUAGAUCAGAAACUAUUGUAAACGCCUUGUAGGAUUUUCAAAACCAACUUCUGAGUACUGGUUAGAUGCUAAAUGAGAUCACAAACAACUUGUAGGAUUUUGGUAGAUAGCUUGAAGUAAUCAUAAAAGUUAUGCUUUACUGUCCAAUUUUUCUUGCGAAUUCAUCCAAUACUUAAUUGUUUCAAUUUGGUUAGAUGAUCGAUAAUAAAAUCAGUUUUAUUCAUCUUCAACUAUGUGACACUGGAUUCUUUUCUUUGUUUUAAGAGGAGGAAUCCUUUCAUUCAAUAAUUAUAUAUACAAAACAAUCUGGAGUUAAAAUUAAGUUAUUUAUGGUUACACUUUACUAGAGGAAUGGAGCUGCAGGGUAGGAAUUUACGGUUUCCAAUAUAAGAAGUAAAAAUUAUAAGAGCCUGCAAGAAGUCUUAAAUAAACAAUUUAAAAACCGUGCAUGAGGAGGGAAAAUAUUGAUUGCACUUUUCUAAGAAUUAAAAGAACUGGAAUGUGUUUGAUAACAUUCCAAAUUUCCUAAUAUAAGCAAAUGCAUUUUGAUCAGCUAUGCUCAAAUCAAAGACAACAAAGAGAACGUGAUUUAAAUCAGUUUUGAACAGCAGACAAAUGCAGAUUGAAUUCUCUUUGCAUUUAAUAUUCAAAAAUGAUAAUCAAAAUGAAUACAAAGAAAGAGGUCCAACUUUCUUCACAUGAAGAUGCUUAAACAGUUACAAAAACCUUUUGCUAGUUACAAGAUUAUCACUAUAAACAGUUUUUUAACCAACAAAAUUGCUCAAAUAGUUUGCAUUAGUUACUAAAUUUGACUUAACAGUUAGGAUGUGUCUCAUCUUUGGUGGCUUCGAAAUCAAGCUGGGCCCACUGGAAUCUCUUGCCUCAAUAGUGAUUGACCGCUUCAAUGCAAUCUACUUCUUUACCUUGUAGAGAUUUAAAUUCUCCAAUGCUAUAUGCAUUUUUAUCUCUAUUGUAUCCAGACAGUGAGACAACUCUAUGAUAUUUUGCAAUACUUUAUCAUUAAAAGUGAAGCCUUUGUCAGUUCAUUGACAUAUUUGUGGAAUUCUGCCUCGAGUUGUUUUCCUCGCCUCUCCUUACCAUCAUCUAUAAAAAUGGGAGCCCUGAAUCUCAUCAAAUAAUUCUUCAAUGUCACUGAAAGCAUCAAUAAUUACUCUUAGUUUCUGCAAUCUUGGUUGUUGCUUUCUCCAAUAGAUCCAUCACGAAUGUCAAAACCACAUUCCAUUUUCUACUCUUACCAUCACUUUCUUGUUGAAAAAGUUUUGCAGCUACUAACUCCUUGGAAAUUGUCUUAGAUAUUUAUGAGACAUUAGUUUUUAAUUGGUUUAAUUCUUUCCAAGUUUUUCAUUAAUUUUUCCAUAGCUUUUCUGACUAAGUUCUGAAAUCAUCCAAUCUGAUGCAUAGUUUGAUUGAGUUAUCAACUUAACUUCAUUUCAUCCCAAAUUAACCUUUCAACAAACCCUCUUAUGAUUCUUCCAAAUAGGCCUGAUUGGGAUAAAAUGUUACAUGUCAAUGGUCAUCCUAGGAAGAUCUAGGACAGAACAUACAACCUUUGCUUGCUGUAGACCAUGCCAAAUUUCUAAUUUUUGAAUAAGAAAUAUCAAGCUCUGUGUGCAAGCGUUCCACAGAUAUGGACAUGUAACAUAUUUCCUUUCUAAGUGAAAACACACUCAUCAACAUACAAUUUGUCUCUUUUCCUCGCUUCGGUUUUGUAAGACUAAUAUCAAGUUAAUGAUUGUAGACAUAUAGUUUAUACUUAAUAAGAGCUGUAACAUU